CUCCGCAGCAAGUGGACCAGGAGAGUCUGACUGACUGUUUCAAACACAACACAGGAGCGAACAUCUGACACAGGACCGACACGGUUUUCCUGCAGCCCCGGGGUUGAUGUGCGCUCAGAGAUGCGAGCCUCACUGCUAACGCUCCUCUGUGCCCUGGCUGCCGCCGUUGGCCAGGAGCCGGACCACAGCCACGGCUGCGCUCAUGGCAGCUGUUACCCGGCAACGGGGGACCUGCUGGUUGGACGAGAGAAAAACCUGAAGGCCUCAUCCACAUGUGGGAUGAGGAGGAAAGAGCCUUACUGCAUUGUCAGUCAUCUUCAGGAUGAGAAGAAGUGUUUCGACUGUGACUCCAGACGGCCAUACGACCCCGUCUACAACACCAUCAAUCACCGGAUAGAGAACGUCAUCACCGCCUUCAAACCUCACCGCAAGAAGUCCUGGUGGCAGUCUGAGAAUGGAAAGUCGGAGGUCUUUAUUCAGCUGGAUUUGGAAGCAGAGUUUCAUUUCACGCACUUGAUUAUGACCUUCAAGACUUUCCGUCCAGCGGCCAUGGUGAUCGAGCGGUCGGCAGAUUUUGCUCGUACCUGGCAGGUCUACCGCUACUUUGCUCAUGACUGCGCCGCCGCUUUUCCCGGAGUCUCCCAGGGUCCUUUGCAUAACAUUAAUGAUGUCAUCUGUGAGUCGCGCUAUUCGGAUAUUGAACCAUCAACAGAGGGAGAGGUCAUCUACAGAGUGUUGGAUCCAGCCAUCAGGAUUGAGGAUCCAUACAGCCCGAACAUCCAGAACCAGCUGAAGAUCACCAACUUGAGGGUGAACUUCACCAAACUUCACACGCUAGGAGACAACCUGCUGGACCCAAGAGCAGAAAUAAAGGAGAAGUAUUACUACGCCAUAUAUGAGCUCGUCGUACGUGGAAACUGCUUUUGCUACGGCCACGCCUCGGAGUGUGCCCCCAUCGAUGGCAUCAGGGAUGAUAUAGAAGGAAUGGUUCACGGCAGGUGUGUGUGUAACCAUAACACCAACGGUUUGAACUGUGAGCAAUGCGAUGACUUUUACAAUGACCUGCCCUGGAGACCGGCUGAGGGACGCAACACCAACGCCUGCAAGAAGUGUAACUGCAACAGCCACUCGACCCAGUGUCACUUUGACAUGGCGGUGUAUUUGGCCACGGGUAACGUCAGCGGAGGAGUGUGCGAUGAAUGUCUGCACAACACCAUGGGACGCAACUGUGAGAUGUGUAAACCUUUCUACUACAAAGACCCCAUCAAAGAUAUAAGGGACCCACGAGUGUGUGUCGCUUGCGACUGUGACCCGGAUGGUUCUCAGAACGGGGGGAUGUGCGACAGCCACACCGACCCUUCCCUCGGCAUGGUGGGAGGUCAGUGUCGUUGCAAGGCCAACGUGGAGGGGCCGCGCUGCGACAAGUGUAAAACCGGCUUCUUUGGCCUGAGCGCUGAAAACCCCCAGGGCUGCCAACCUUGCUGGUGUGACCACAGAGGAACUGUGUCAGGUAGCUCCCAGUGCGACCCAGUCAGUGGAGACUGCUUCUGCAAGCGUCUCGUCACCGGACGCAGCUGUGACCAGUGUCUGCCGGAGCACUGGGCGCUGAGCCACGACCUGAACGGCUGCAGAGGCUGCGAGUGUGACAUCGGAGGAGCGCUGGACAAUCACUGCUCCAUGGAGAGCGGUCAGUGUCGCUGCCGCAGUCACAUGACAGGACGCCAGUGUACACAGGUGGAGUCCGGAUAUUACUUCAUGGCUCUGGAUCACUUCCUCUAUGAGGCUGAGUUGGCCAAAAUGGGACAGGGUUGUAUGCUGGAGACCAGGGAGCACCAGGCGGGUCGCCCCGCCUCCUGGACGGGCCUUGGGUUCGCCCGGGUGCCUGAGGGUGGCACUCUGGAGUUCCUCAUCAGUGACAUCCCCUUCUCCAUGGAAUAUGACUUGCUUGUUCGCUACGAGGCGCAGAUGCCACGGGACUGGGAGGAGGUGCGGAUAACAGUGAUUCGUCCAGGACCAAUUCCUACCAGCAGCCCCUGUGGAAACACCAUCCCAGAUGAUGACAGACUCACUGUCUCGCUGCCAGCUGGAGCAAGGUUUGUGGUCCCUCAUCAGCCUGUGUGUCUGGAGAGAGGUGUGACUUACAGCCUGCGCUUUGAGUUCACACGCUAUCAGGAUGCCAACAGUAUCCUCAACGGAGCGGCCAACGCUAUCGUCCUUGUGGACUCAAUCGCCUUGAUGCCACGUCACUCCUCCAUGGAGAUGUUCAACGCAGGCGAUCCGGCCUCGAACACCAGGAGACAGACCUACGAGCGAUACCGCUGCCACGAGGGGGCGAAGAGUGUGACCCGCCCACUGAUGAGUGACACCUGUUCCAAGCUAAUCACCAGCAUGUCAGCCAUCAUAAAUGACGGCGCUCUGCCUUGUAAUUGCGACCCUCAGGGGUCCGUCAGCUCCAUGUGUGACGUCCGCGGGGGUCAGUGUCGCUGCAAGCCCAAUGUGAUUGGCCGACGCUGUGACCAGUGUGCUCCGGGAACUUACGGCUUUGGGCCUUCAGGCUGCGUGGCCUGCGGUUGCAGCUUGGAGGGAUCUGUGACUCGACUCUGUGACAAGUUCACUGGUCAGUGCCAGUGCCGUCCGGGAGCGUUUGGUCAGCGCUGCGACGGAUGCCAGGCGGGUCACUGGGGCUUCCCCAGCUGCCGGCCGUGCCAGUGUAAUGGACACGCAGACCAGUGUGACCAGAGGAAUGGAGCCUGCAUCAACUGCAGGGACAACACAGGAGGAGACAAGUGUGACAGGUGUGCCAAUGGUUACUAUGGUAAUCCAAUUCUGGGCAUAGCAUCCAGCGGUCAAUGUCGUCCGUGCCCCUGUCCGGACGGGCCCAACAGUGGCCGUCACUUUGCUGCAUCUUGUUACCAGGACAACCGUAACAGACAAAUUAUCUGCAACUGUAACCAGGGCUACACAGGGAUUGUUAAACGCUCCGGGGUGACCAUUUUUAAGCGUGCUCGAUGUGACGAAUGUGCCCCGGGUUAUUAUGGCAACCCCUCCCAGCCUGGAGGGCGCUGCCAGCCGUGCCAGUGCAACAACAACAUAGACAUGUCAGACGUCGAUGCAUGCGACAGGCAGACUGGAGAGUGCAGGAAGUGCCUCUACAACACCGAAGGCCCCAACUGUGGCAUCUGCAAGAGCGGUUACUUCGGGGAUGCUUCCCGACGCAACUGCAGGAAGUGCACAUGUAACUUCCUGGGUACUGAACGCAGCCAGUGUAUGGAGCGUGAGGACUGUGUGUGCCAGCGCGCCACAGGCCAGUGCCAGUGUCUGCCACACGUCAUAGGUCUGACAUGUGACCACUGCGCCCCCAACCACUGGAACAUGGCCAGCGGGAGGGGCUGUGAAUCCUGUGGGUGCGACCCCAACAACUCUGUCACCUCCUCAUGUAAUGAGUUUACCGGCCAGUGUCAAUGUCGAGACGGCUUUGGAGGGAAGACCUGCACAGACUGUCAGGAGAACUACUGGGGAGACCCCAGGACACAGUGCAGAGCUUGUGACUGUGACUGGCGUGGCAUUGAAACCUCUCAGUGCAACCGCGUGACGGGCCACUGCGUUUGCCAGCAGGGGGUGUCAGGUGUUCGCUGUGAUCAGUGUGCCAGAGGCUUCUCUGGCCAGUUCCCCAACUGUCAGCCCUGUCACCAGUGCUUUGGGGACUGGGAUCGCAUUGUGCAGGACCUGGCAGUGCGUACCAAGGCUCUGGCAGAGCGUGCCCAUGAGAUUCAGACCACUGGGCUUACUGGGGCCUAUGAAAAGGCCUUCAGAGACCUGGAGGAGAAACUGGCACAAGCUCAGGGAAUUGUUAACGCACGCAAUGCCACCGCUGCAGCCGUAGCUACCCUAAUGGAGCUUAUUGAAGAUCUUAGAGCGCAGAUCAGUGAUACCACUGACACCCUGAACCGCCUGGAAGGAGACCUAACCAUCGUACAGGACAGCAACUCUGAGGCAAGCAAGGAGCUGAGUGCUCUGGAGAGAGAGGCUAAAGAACUAAACCUCACUUCAGAGCAGCUACACCGCCAGCUGGAUAUCCUCAAGAACUCCAACUUCCUAGGUGCGUAUGACAGCAUCCGUAGCUCCUACAACAAGUCUUGUGAUGCUGAGCGGCGUGCCAACGAAUCAACAACCACCAGGCCCAGCACAGUCAGUCAAUCAGCGGACACCCGCCGCCGCACCGAGCGCCUUAUCAACGCCAAGAAGGACGACUUCAACCGUAAAAACGCAGCCAACAAACGUGCGCUGGGAGACCUGAACACCAAGGCACAGGGCCUGGACAUGAAGAAGAUCAAUGAGAAGGUGUGUGGUGCCCCGGGUGAUGCUCCCUGUGCCGAAAGCCCUUGUGGGGGUGCGGGUUGCCGUGACGAUGAGGGAAACCGUCACUGCGGAGGCCUGAACUGCAAUGGCGCUGUGGCAGUAGCUGACAAUGCGCUGGAGAGAGCCAGACACGCAGAGAAGGAGCUGAACAAAGCUAUGGGAGAGGUGGAGGGACUCUUUACUAAGGUGGCAGAGGCCAAGACCAAGGCAGAGGAGGCCAAAGGUAAAGCCCAGGCAGCUCUGGACAAAGCCACAGCCACCAAAAACAAAGUGGAGCGCUCCAACAAUGACCUGAGAGACCUCAUCAAACAGAUCAGAGAAUUCCUCACCCAGGAAGGAGCAGAUCCAGACAGUAUUGAGGCAGUGGCGAACCGCGUUCUGGAGCUCUCCAUCCCUGCCUCGCCCCUCCAGAUCAGGCAUCUUGCUGAUGAAAUCAAAGAGCGGGUUCGCAGCCUUUCGAAUGUUGACGCCAUCCUGCAGCAGACGCAGGACGAUGUCCGCAAGGCCGAGCGACUGCUGCUGGACGCCAAGAGGGCGAGGCAUCGUGCUGAGGGGGUAAAGACCACAGCGGAGACAGUGAAACAGGCCUUGGUGGAUGCUAAGACUGCCCAGACAUCAGCAGAGAAGGCCAUAGCAAAAGCCAAAGCUGACAUUGACAUGACGGAGGCCCGACUGGCACAGAUCGAGUCAGAGACGUACAACAGUGAGAAGGACCUGAAUGAUGCCAUGGAUCGCCUGGGCACACUGGGACAGGAGAUCAAUGCCCUGAAGACCAAACGUGCCAACAACAGCAUGGCAGCGGCCCGAGCCGAGGAGACAGCCACCAUGGCACGAGACAAGGCCAACGAAGCCAAGCAGAUUCUAGAUGGCCAGCUGACAGAUAAAUACCAUGAAGUGCAGCAGCGGGUUGACACCAAGGCCAAAGCUGUGCAGGACGCCAAGAAAAGGGCUGAGAGCCUCAGAGAUGAAGCAAAGGAACUACUGAGAGACGCCCAGAACAAGCUGCAGAGACUAGCAGAGCUGGAAAAAAACUAUGAGGAGAACCAGAGGAGGUUGGAGGGGAAAGCUCGCCAGCUGGACGGCUUGGAGGACAAAAUGAGAGCCAUCCUCAAUGACAUCAACAAACAGAUCCAGAUCUACAACACGUGCCAGUAACUCACCUCUACAUGUCGUAUGGAAACGGGUCCAUCAUUGUGUUGUUCUGCCAUUUCCUUCACAUACAGAAAACUGUCAACGGACUUUGAGGAAAUAAAAAAAAAAGAGAAAGCUGGGGUAGUUAUUUUAUCACACAGCAAGUGAAUUUGCAUAUUUAUGGUCCAAAUUGUCUUGUGACUAUUUAAAAAUUGUUGCUACCAUAUUGAGAUAUAUGAACAUACCCAUGACUGAAUAUCUAUCUAUAUAUAGAUAUAUCUAUAUAUAUUUAUCU